AUGGAAUUGUCUCGCAACCCACUUCAAUGGUCAGCUCAGUUCGGUCCUUCUCUUACGAACAGCUUUGAUCAACGACGUUUCAUUGAUAAGGAAACAAAGAAUCCCGAAGGACCUUCUCGUCUACGAAGUCCGAUUCCACCAGAUCCUGGUUUUGGUACAGAUGAUCGUCCAAGAUGUGAUUUCCGUACUUCUAUACAUCUUCGUGGAUCAGACGCAAAGGCUAUCUAUAAACGAGCCAUUUCAAGUGCUGGUGCUCCAUAUCUCUACAACAUUCGAUAUCCGAAUAUGCCCUAUACUCGAACAGGAGAUUUGCCGAAAAAUCAAUUGAACGAAAAUGUCAAACGACUUCGACGAAUUAUGCGCGAAACACAAAAACGGCACAAGGAAAAAGAAGAAAAAUCGAAACCGAUACAUGCAAAAGAACUUUGGCAAUCGAAACAGUACAAUCAUGUCCAAUCGAAAGUGAAACAAAGACUCCAAAAAGAUGAUGAACGGCCACGUUCUCGUCCACAAUCAGCGCAAGGCCGUUUUCUUCGAGCACAUGAGAAUACAGGACCGAAAGUUCUUCGAUCUCAAUCGGUUAGCAGUGCUCGUCCGGAACAAACCAACUCGUCUGAAAAUCUUGCAAAAACUGCACCUAUUGAUAAUAAAACAAAGGCAAACUUUGUAAAAAUCAAUUCAGAUUACGUAACAACACUUCCAAAAACACGCAAAGCUGUCAGUGCAGAAGCAGUCGAAGAAUCUCGAGAGAAGCAGGAGAAAAGACUUCAGAAAUAUCAAGAAAAACAAAAGGGCCGUGUGCCAAAUUAUAUCGAGAAAAUGAAAGAAAAACGCGAUCAAGACAUGGACGAGGCACUUGCCAACACACCUGAUCCGGAGUGUCCUCGAGGUCAUAUAAAACUUGAUAAUCAACAACGUCAAUCGAAGUUACAGCAACUUCGAUCGACUCGAUCUGAUCUCGAGCAAAAACUUCAUCAACUACCAUUACGUAAUGAUUCGUUAAAAAUUCGCCAAACGAAAGAAGACAUCGAAAAGAAACUUGUUGAACUAGACGAAGCCAUCGAAAUCUUCUCCAAACCGAAAGUCUUCGUGAACACCAACGAAUAA